AUGGUCGAUGCGCCUCUGCGAGUCUUAACACGGCUGGAAGUAUCUGUCCAACUCCUGAGAAUGGAGUGGUAUGUCCUGGUGCUGAUGCUGAGCUUGCCGCCCUCCAUCCACUCAGAUUGCUCUUCACAGUGUCAGAAAUGUACGCAGCAAAUGACGCCUGACGCCGCAUUCAGCAGCCUGUCGUGCAGUGAGGAGUGUGAGGGGCAGCUGGAGAGCUGCGGCCAGGCUCCGGGGAUAGCGGACUUCAGCCAGGAUGAAGCUGCGGAGGAGGAGGAGAGCCAGCAGGCAGACCUGGUCAAACGCUACGGCGGCUUCAUCAAGAGGAUCGACAAGAACAAGAACAAAAUCUUCACCUCCCCGUGGCGCGACAAUUUCAUUCUGAAGGCCGCAGCUCUGCCCAAGAAAUACGAGGACUUCUUGAAGAGGCUGGAGGAGCGAGACGCUGUUGACGCUCCGGAGGAUCAGAUGCUCCACAGUUAUGUUAAACGUUACGGCGGAUUUUUACGCAAAUUCGGCCCCAAGUCAAAGAGAAGUAAUUCCGUGGAGCAGGAGAGCCAGGAGCCAGAGGAGCUGCAGAAGCGCUACGGAGGCUUCAUGAGGAGGAUCCGACCAAAGUUGAACAACCUGAAGUGGGACAAGCGGUACGGAGGCUUUCUGCGCCGCCACUUCAAAAUCUCUGUGCGCUCAGUCGAGGAGCCGUAUUACUCCUAUGAUGACUCGAGCCUAUAG